AUGGGCUCCGCUGCUUCCAAGCCCGCAAAGUCGGCUGCCGGCGCAGCUGCUCGCCAAUAUCCCAAGCAGACAGCACCCCCGCCCCGAGCCGCGCGCAAAGCUCCAAAGCAAUCCUCAACGCCUCCGCCACCAGCACCCAAAUCAAAAGCCAGCCCUCCUCCAGCCCCUGCUCCCCCAUCCCAAGGCCCUACAUACCAUUCGAAAGAAAGAGCGUCAGGUGUCAAAUCCAAUGCAAUCGACAUGGACGGCCGAGACCCCGACUUCGCAGCUUCCCUCCGCUCCAUUGGCCCUGUUGAUCCAUCCCCCACCUUCUCAAACUCAAGCACCUAUAAAGGCCCCGGGCAAUCUAUCUUCCCCCAGUCCUCCAACCCGGCCCUGCUUGUUGUCACUGCUCGCCAGCGCCUCAACAAAGCCGCUGACGAAGAAUCCGAGCACUUUGGUCGCGCGGGACAUCCUGGCCGAACGUUCCUCGAUCCUAUGACCAUUCAGCAGGUUUUGACUAUGCGCGACAAGCAGAACCAACAACCCCGCGAGAUUGAGCGCUUUUUGGGCUUGCGGAAGGGUAUUCUGGAUCGCCUGGGGAAGAGUGAUAUUGUUUCGCGCAUUACUUGA